GGCCGGGUGACCGGGCUCCAGGCGGCCGACCGGCGGCGGCGGCAGCACCACCACCACCACAGCCGGCAGCGGCAGCACCACCUCCACCACCACCACCAUGUCGCGCUCCGUGCUGCAGCCCAGUCAGCAGAAGCUGGCGGAGAAGCUCACCAUCCUCAACGACCGGGGCGUCGGCAUGCUCACCCGCCUCUACAACAUCAAGAAGGCAUGUGGAGAUCCCAAGGCCAAACCGUCUUACCUUAUUGACAAAAACCUGGAAUCUGCUGUGAAAUUCAUAGUCAGAAAAUUCCCUGCUGUAGAAACCCGCAACAACAAUCAACAGCUUGCACAACUACAGAAAGAAAAGUCAGAGAUUCUGAAAAAUCUGGCAUUAUAUUACUUCACAUUUGUAGAUGUUAUGGAAUUUAAGGACCAUGUUUGUGAAUUGCUGAAUACUAUUGAUGUUUGCCAAGUAUUCUUUGAUAUUACUGUAAACUUCGAUUUAACAAAGAACUACUUAGAUUUGAUUAUAACCUAUACAACACUAAUGAUACUACUGUCUCGAAUUGAAGAAAGGAAGGCAAUCAUUGGAUUAUACAACUAUGCUCAUGAAAUGACCCAUGGAGCAAGUGACCGAGAAUAUCCACGACUUGGUCAGAUGAUUGUGGAUUAUGAAAACCCUUUAAAAAAGAUGAUGGAGGAAUUUGUACCCCAUAGCAAGUCUCUUUCAGAUGCGCUAAUCUCUCUUCAAAUGGUGUAUCCUCGAAGGAAUCUUUCAGCUGAUCAGUGGAGAAAUGCACAAUUAUUGAGUCUCAUCAGUGCACCCAGUACAAUGCUUAAUCCUGCACAAUCUGACACUAUGCCUUGUGAAUAUCUUUCUUUGGAUGCAAUGGAAAAAUGGAUUAUAUUUGGCUUUAUUUUGUGCCAUGGAAUCCUAAAUACUGAUGCUACAGCACUGAACCUUUGGAAGCUAGCUCUUCAAAGCAGCUCUUGCCUGUCUCUCUUUCGAGAUGAAGUUUUCCAUAUUCACAAAGCUGCAGAAGAUUUAUUUGUAAACAUACGAGGCUAUAAUAAACGUAUAAAUGACAUAAGAGAAUGCAAGGAGGCAGCUGUGUCACAUGCUGGUUCAAUGCACAGAGAAAGACGCAAGUUUUUAAGGUCUGCACUGAAAGAACUGGCUACUGUUCUCUCGGAUCAGCCUGGCUUGCUAGGGCCCAAGGCACUUUUUGUUUUUAUGGCAUUGUCUUUUGCCCGUGAUGAAAUUAUCUGGCUCCUUCGUCAUGCAGAUAACAUGCCAAAGAAGAGUGCAGAUGACUUUAUUGAUAAGCACAUUGCUGAAUUAAUAUUUUAUAUGGAAGAACUUAGAGCACAUGUAAGGAAAUACGGACCUGUAAUGCAGAGGUAUUAUGUCCAGUACCUUUCUGGCUUUGAUGCUGUUGUCCUCAAUGAGCUUGUGCAGAAUCUUUCUGUUUGCCCUGAAGAUGAAUCAAUCAUCAUGUCCUCUUUUGUUAACACUAUGACUUCCCUAAGUGUAAAACAAGUAGAAGAUGGGGAAGUAUUUGAUUUCAGAGGAAUGAGAUUAGAUUGGUUUAGGUUACAGGCAUAUACUAGUGUCUCCAAGGCUUCACUUAGCCUUGCAGAUCACAGAGAACUUGGGAAGAUGAUGAAUACAAUAAUUUUCCAUACAAAAAUGGUAGAUUCUUUGGUGGAAAUGUUGGUUGAAACAUCAGAUCUCUCCAUAUUUUGUUUUUAUAGUCGUGCUUUUGAGAAGAUGUUUCAACAGUGUUUGGAGUUACCUUCUCAGUCAAGAUACUCAAUUGCAUUUCCACUACUUUGCACUCAUUUUAUGAGUUGCACACAUGAACUAUGUCCAGAAGAGCGGCAUCAUAUUGGAGAUCGCAGUCUUUCCUUAUGUAAUAUGUUCCUGGAUGAAAUGGCCAAACAAGCUCGAAAUCUCAUCACUGAUAUUUGUACAGAACAGUGUACUCUUAGUGACCAGUUGCUGCCUAAGCAUUGUGCCAAAACCAUCAGUCAAGCAGUGAAUAAGAAGUCAAAAAAACAGACUGGUAAGAAAGGGGAACCUGAAAGGGAAAAGCCAGGCGUUGAGAGCAUGAGGAAAAACAGGCUGGUAGUGACCAACCUUGAUAAAUUGCACACUGCACUUUCUGAGUUAUGUUUUUCCAUAAAUUAUGUACCAAACAUGGUGGUAUGGGAACAUACCUUUACCCCACGAGAAUAUUUGACUUCUCAUCUGGAAAUCCGCUUUACUAAGUCAAUUGUUGGUAUGACUAUGUAUAAUCAAGCUACACAGGAAAUUGCAAAACCAUCAGAGCUUCUAACAAGUGUAAGAGCAUAUAUGACCGUACUCCAAUCAAUAGAAAACUAUGUGCAGAUUGAUAUUACAAGAGUAUUUAAUAAUGUUCUUCUUCAACAAACACAACAUUUAGACAGUCAUGGAGAGCCAACAAUUACAAGUCUAUACACAAAUUGGUAUUUGGAAACUUUGUUAAGACAAGUCAGCAAUGGUCAUAUAGCUUAUUUCCCUGCCAUGAAAGCAUUUGUGAACUUACCUACAGAAAAUGAAUUAACGUUCAAUGCAGAGGAAUAUUCUGACAUAUCAGAAAUGAGGUCUUUAUCAGAACUACUAGGCCCUUAUGGGAUGAAGUUCCUGAGCGAAAGCCUUAUGUGGCAUAUUUCAUCACAAGUUGCUGAACUUAAGAAACUUGUGGUAGAGAAUGUUGAUGUGCUAACACAGAUGAGGACCAGCUUUGACAAACCAGACCAGAUGGCUGCACUCUUUAAAAGAUUAUCAUCUGUUGACAGUGUCUUGAAGAGGAUGACAAUAAUUGGUGUGAUUUUAUCCUUCCGAUCAUUGGCACAAGAAGCACUCAGAGAUGUCUUAUCCUACCACAUUCCUUUUCUUGUAAGUUCAAUUGAAGAUUUUAAGGAUCACAUUCCAAGGGAAACUGAUAUGAAGGUUGCAAUGAAUGUGUAUGAGUUAUCAUCAGCUGCUGGGUUACCUUGUGAAAUUGAUCCUGCCCUGGUGGUAGCACUUUCCUCACAAAAAUCAGAAAACAUUAGUCCAGAAGAAGAAUAUAAAAUUGCCUGCCUUCUCAUGGUCUUUGUAGCAGUUUCAUUGCCAACGUUAGCCAGUAAUGUGAUGUCUCAGUACAGCCCUGCUAUAGAAGGACACUGCAACAAUAUACAUUGCUUGGCCAAAGCCAUCAACCAGAUCGCAGCAGCUUUGUUUACAAUUCACAAAGGAAGCAUUGAAGACCGUCUUAAAGAAUUUUUGGCCCUUGCCUCCUCAAGUCUACUGAAAAUUGGCCAAGAAACAGAUAAAACUACAACAAGAAAUAGAGAAUCUGUUUAUUUACUGCUAGACAUGAUUGUACAGGAAUCCCCAUUCUUGACAAUGGAUCUUUUGGAAUCUUGUUUUCCUUAUGUCUUGCUGAGAAAUGCAUACCAUGCUGUCUACAAACAAAGUGUUACAUCUUCUGCAUAAAAUACCUACUUAUUGAAGACAAGCACGCAUUUCUGUUGCCUCGGUUUAUCUGUAAACUGUGGAACUAUUUUACCUUAAGGCCUGAAAAACAGUUUUGUGGAUUAUAAAUUUCUUUCAUGGUGUAUUUUCUGAUUUUUGAUUUCUUAAUAUGGUUGUACUACAAUAUACUUGGUUGAUUUAGGUUGCACAUUCUCUGAAUUCACUGAAAUCAUUCCUAUAAUUUUAGAGUAUCAUUUGUUUGAAAAACCUACAUUAUCUACAUGUUUUUUGAUAUUUGAUAAUGAAAAACAUACCCUUUGCUUGUUUAUUUCUGAAAAAGAAUUGUAUUUAGUGAUUAUUUUAGAUAGUGAUACUAGAGCAUUCAUCUGUGUGUAAAUUAUUUCAUAUAGGAAAGAGUUCUGAUCUGUACUUAUGGUUCUUAUUGAAAACAAAAUUGGAUGUGCAUUUCUGUGAUGUUAUGAAUACAUUUCUAUUUUAUUUUGAAACAUUUGCCAAACUAAAUACUGUAACACUGUAUAACAUUAAAAAUGUUAAAGGACUGCUUAGCAUUAGAAGCAGAUCGUGUCCCAAAAUUCUAAAACAGCAGCAUAUGCUGUUGUUUGUAUAAAGCCUAGUGAUAAUUUUUAGACUAACUUCCAUGGUGCCCUGUUGGCAUUAGCACUACCAUUAUACCCUGCUGUAUAAUAAACAAUCUUAGACAUUUAUCAACUGUUGAUACAGAUGUUAGUCCCUAACCACUUUUUAUAUGUUUUAAAUUUUUGAAAUUCAAGUGUACCUGCCAUAACAUAAAAUAAACACUAGACUGUAUCA